AUGAUUUGUCUCCUAGUAUCUGCUGUUGCCGUUUUCAGCCAGCAAGUCAAUUCGCAGCAGAGACCCGACUUGGACUUGCACCAAAGAAUCAAACGAGGCGAUUUCUAUGGACCGAAUGGACUGGGAGCUGGAAAUGGGGGAUUGGGCGGUUAUGGUGGCACCUACGGUGGUUUGGGUUUGACCGGAAGUUCGUUCAAUCCAGUCCUGUUCCAAGGAGCUGCCGUGGCGGGAGGUUUCGCUAAAGAGGCCUACAAUGCCAAUUUGGCUUCUUUGGCGUCUGCCGAUGGACUUUUAAGCGGAGGAUCGUUCGGAGUUGGAUAUUACGCCGGAGCCGUCGCCAACGCGGCCGCUGCCGGUGCGGCGGCUGGCAACAAACACAAGGGAGGCUCAUCUUUGUCCUACGGUCGUCGUUGA